AUGAAUAUUUUUUGGGCGUUUUUGGUUUUAUUGCAAGCAUACAUAUCUGCAGUGAGAGUAAACUAUGGGAACCCAGAUGCAUUUGAAGGUGAUAUAGGGCUUGAUCCUGAGACAAGAGCUAUUAUUAAUGGUCAACUGACGGAGAAUCAGUUUAAAGGCGUUACCUUAGAUAGAAUAUGGCCUGGAGCACAAAUACCUUACGUUUUUGAUAACAACUUUGACAACCGACGACGGCAGUUAGUCAAUCAAGCUAUUACUUCCUACAACCAACACACAUGCGUUCGAUUUGUGCCACGAACAAAUCAACGUGAUUUUGUACACAUGGUUAAUGAACAAGGGUGUUGGUCAAUAAUAGGUCGUCAAGGAAACAGUCAAAAAUUGAAACUCGGAGAUUGGUGUCUUGAUAUUGGGACAGCUAUUCACGAAAUGAUGCAUGCAGCUGGGUUUUAUCAUGAACAAAGCAGAAAUGAUAGAGAUGACCACGUCGUGAUUUUUUGGAAUAAUAUUCAACGAGGCGAGGAUUACAACUUUCAAAAAUAUCGAACAGAAUACUAUGGUCAAACUUAUGAUCACAAUUCAAUAAUGCAUUACAGAAACGAUGAGUUUUCUGCCAAUGGCAAAAAUACAAUUCAGGCAAAAAAUAAUCCUGGUUUGAAACUCGGAAACAAUCAAUUUUCGAAAUCUGAUAUCGCAGCCAUAAAUCAAAUGUAUAAGUGUAGCGGUGUCACUGGAAUAACUCCAGCACCUUGUGAAGAUAGCCACAGUAACUGUGCCGCGUGGGCUAAAGCCAACGAAUGCAAUAAAAAUCCAAAUUGGAUGAGGCCAAAUUGCAAGAAGAGUUGUGGAACAUGUGUUUAAAAAAUAAACUCUUAAAAUUGAAUGUAGCAAAACAAAAAAUGAAACAAAA